AUGGACGCUGAUUUCAUAAAUUCAAACUUUGUAAACAUCGAAGAUCUAUCCAGUCUCAGUGAUAAACUCAAUGAAUUGGAGAAUCUCAGCUCCCAAAUCACCCAAAUUGCUCAGGAAAAGUACGAGUCUGCGGUGGAUAAAAUUGUCAGUGUUGUGGAAAUGAUAAGUGAGUCUGACUUGUCUGAAGCCAUUGCUAAUGUCGAAGCAUUAAUUCUAGAAUUUGGUGAUAUUCCCAUGUUUGUCGUAUUAAAAGAAAACUUGGAAAGCAAGAAAACUGUUAGUGAUGACGUUGAAAAAUUAACAACAGGACAAAUAAUACAAGAAAAGCUUAAGUCUGAAUUGAGCCAUACUGAAUUAGGUAUUGUUGCUAGAGAUAUACACGAGUUUAAAGAUAUUUGUACCAACGAAACAGUAAUCAAUUCGUUGUUUCAACAAUUGGAAGGCGAAGUAUACAUAAGACAGCAACAAUUGGAACCAAAAUUACGGCAAAUCCUACAAGAAUGUCACUGGCUAAGCAAAGAUGAACAGUCCAAAGUCCCCGACGAAACAUUGACCCAAGUUGCUAAUCUCGUUCAAGAAUUAAUUCUUAUUCAAAAUAUAAAUGAUGCUCCCCAAUACCCUGAUUCUUGGUGGGCUGUUGAUAUCUUAUUAGAGCCAAUUGUCCUCCGAUUCAAUUACCAUUUUAAUUCAUCUCAUAAAGACACAAACAAGCUUUCCAAACCAGAAUGGGCCCUUAAUUAUAUCGAAACAUUCUUAACUGGACACCUCCCUUUGCUCAAUUUAAUAGUGGAUGAUUCAUUCAAACAAGUAUCGCGUAUAGGCACUUAUGAAAUCAUAACGUCCUUACUUAAACCAGUAAGAGAAAAGAUUUUAAGAAUGAUUAAUAUAAUAAACUCAAACAUUACAAAAUUUCAAUCAGACCCAGGCAUGCUUGAGAAAAAUGGACUCUUGUUAUCCCAUCUAAUAUUUGAAUUGUCUUCAUUUGAUCAACGAUUAAGAAAUACCUAUAAAUAUAAUCCAUAUAUUGACAAAUUAGAUGCCCCUGCAAGCGAAUCUUGGACAGGAAUUACCAGUGACGUUCUCCUUUCCGAUGGUCUGAAUGUUGCUGUGGAAAAUUGGUUGAAUCUUGAAAAUGAACUCGCUAGCAAGAGAUUUGAUACUGAAAUUGUUAAUGCAAAAGAUGCAUUUAUGAUUGAUUUUGAUUAUCAAGGUAACUUAGAAGAGGAAGACAAUAGUAACGUCCAUAUGUAUAUCUUAAAACCUACUUACUCGGCAUAUGCGUUAGUCAAACUUGUCAAUAACUUAAAUAGUCAUUUCCAAACUUUGAAUAUUGUCAAGUAUCAGUUGAAAUAUGUGUCAAAAAUUCAAAUGAAUCUUGUCGAAAAGUACUAUGAAACUUUGAAUAAAAACUAUAAGCUGUUUUUGGACAAGUUUAAUUUGAAAAGUAUGUUGCUGUAUAUUCCAGGGGGGAUGAAAGACCCAGUGGAAGAACAAGCAAGAUCAGAAAGUUUAAUUAGAGGAUUGGAGAAAUUAACGGAAAUCUUUUGUUCUGCUAAGUUCGUUGUCAAUGCUCUUGAACAAUGGGAAGAUGAACUUAUAUUUAUUCAAUUAUGGGAAACUUACAAGGGUUUAACUAAUGACAUUGAAAAGGAUCAUACCAGUGUUUUCAGUUCUUCAAUACUGCAAUACGAUGGACUAGUGACAAACCUUUUGAAUGAUUAUGAUGAGUUUUUCAGGACAGAAACUAAGGAGUUGCUCAAGAAUUACGUUAAUAAAAGUCAAUGGGUGAUGGACUCGAACGAAGACACCAACAUUGCCUCGAGUUUGCUUUCACCUUUGAUUAAUAACCUUCCACAAUACCUUGAUAUACUUCGUAGAAGCAUAUCGUCAUUGGAUUACUUCUACAUCACCGACAGGGUAGUCACUAUCCUCAGUACAAUCAUAUACGAAUACGUCCUUACAAACAAUCGAUUCAAUCGUGCGGGGAUAGAUCAAUUGCUUGAAGAUUUCGCAUACAUUAUCAAACAAUUACAUAUUCAUUUGUUUCUCAACACUGAAGAAUAUGCCGAAUAUUCAAAUGAUCUGAAUGAUAAAUACAUCAAACUUGUACAAGCUAUUGAUUUGAUGGAUUCGUUAGAACCUAAUCAGGCCAAAGUAUUCAAAAGCUCUUCGGAAUCGUUGGCUCAAUUGAGAUUGAAUUAUGCACAUGAACUCUCGGGAUUGACGAAUCAUGAUUUAACUGAUUUGCUUUCAAGAAUUGUAUAG